UUGGAUGGAGAUAACAUUCAAAGGCGUCGACGACGGGGACAGUAUAUAAGCAGCCACUCAGCAGUGCAGAGAGCAUUCACUGCAGACAGGAUUCACUGAGCCUACUCAGCAGCCACCGCAAACUUCCAUCACCAUGAAGACCAUUGCUGUCCUCGCUACCCUCGCUGUCCUCCUCGCCCUCGGAAGUGCAGGCUACCUCGGAGGAUACGGCGGACUCGGAUACGGCGGUUACGGCGGCUACGGUGGCCUUGGUUACGGCGGCUACGGUCUGGGCUACGGCGGCUACGGCUUGGGUUAUGGCGGCUACGGUCUUGGCUACGGCGGCUAUGGCGGCUACGGCGGCUACGGCGGCUAUGGCGGCUACGGCGGAUAUGGUGGUUACGGGCUAGGCUACGGCUACAAGGGUUGAUGACGGAAGAAAGAAGAGUGACUAAGAGGAUGAACGUUCAGGUGCUUGCUACGACGUGGCACGGAAAUACCAAGGAUGCCAGUGAGACUAUAAGACGGGUAAUA